GAAUAUUCCGACGAGAUGAAUUUUCCUCGGAAUUCCGUCGGAAUAUUCCGACGGAAUACCGAGGAAGCAAAAUUUUGUGUUUCCUCGGAAUUGCCUCGGAAAUGCCUCGGUAUAUUCCGAGGAAUUCAUUUUCCGUCGGAACGUCCGUCAGAAUACCGCUGUUUUCUUGUAGUGUAUCCAUUUUGACAAUUUUAUGUUCAGGAUUCUUUUAAUUAUUAAAAGAGCAUAAAAAAUCUUUAGGAUUAAGGAUAGUUGAUUCCUCGUUGGAUUAACGUUUUCGGUAGUGAAUUCUUAUAAUUCAUGGUUAUAGAGAUGAAUGCUUCUUUGUUUUUGCAGAAAGCUUAGUCAGAGCCCCUUUAAGACAAGUAAUAUGGUUACCUUUGGGAAGAGGCUGAAAGAAAGCCAGAUUCAAGAAUGGAAAGGAUAUUAUAUGGACUAUAAGUUUAUGAAAAAGAAGGUCAACCAGUUUAAGCAACAAAUUGAUACUGGCACACAAGAUCAUACUUAUGUGCUCAAGGGUUUCUCUAGAAUACUUGAUGAUCAGAUUGAAAAGGUUGUCUUGUUUCUUCUGCAACAACAAGGGCUGCUCGGACAGAGAUUAUCAUCUCUUGGAGAACAGCGCAAUGCAGUUUCUCAAGAGGAAGAAAGUUUUAAGAUAUGUGACCUUGAACAAGGAUAUAGACAAGUUGGACAAGAUCUUUUGAGGCUCUUGUGUUUCCUUGAGAUGAACGCCAUUGGUAUUCGUAAGAUCCUGAAAAAAAUCGAUAAGCAUUUUGGCUACAAAUUCACAGACUACUAUGUUAAAACUCGUUCAAAUCACCCUUAUUCUCAGCUGCAACAAGUCUUGAAGCAAGUGGGUAUUGGAGCUGUUGCUGGGUCUGUUUCUUACAAUCUUGCGGAACUUCAAGACCACCAAGGGGUUUAUAUUUCAAUAUAUGAUCGAUCUGUAUCACCUAAUCAUGAUUCUAUGGUUGACUCUAUUAAUGCAGCUGUUAAAAGGCUAUCAAACUCUACAAGCUUUUUGGAUUUUUUAGGGAAACAUGCGUUUAUCAUAUUAGAAGACUCACCUUCCCUCGAGGAUCCGGUUUCUGAGGAGAAGUUUCAUUUUGUGUCCCUUCUCCUGAACUUGGUGAACGCAUUCCUGUAUAUGGUCAACACCUACAUAGUCGUCCCUACGGCAGAUAGUUACUCCAUCAGCCUUGGAGCUGCUGCCACUGUUUGCGGUGUAGUGAUUGGUUCCAUGGCGGUUGCUCAAUUGUUUUCAUCAGUUUAUUUCAGUUCAUGGUCAAACAGAUCUUAUCUUAAGCCGCUAUUGUUUAGCAGCAUCGUUCUUCUCGCUGGGAACAUACUUUACGCCUUAGCCUAUGAUAUGAAAUCUAUUGUGGUUCUUCUGCUCGGCCGCCUAUUAUGUGGGCUAGGCUCUGCAAGGGUCAUAAAUAUGCGUUAUAUAAGUGACUGUGUGCCACUUAAGCUUAGAAUGAAGGCUUCUGCUGGCUUUGUUAGUGCAAGUGCACUAGGAAUGGCAUGUGGUCCAGCCCUUGCUUGCUUAUUUCAAACUCACUUCAAGAUAUGCAAUCUAACAUUCAACGAGGCUACAUUACCGGGCUGGUUCAUGGCUUUGGCGUGGCUGGUCUUCUUGCUCUUGUUAUUGAUAUACUUUAAGGAACCUGAGAGAGAAAUCAAAGAGAAUGUUUUGUCACCAGAAGGUAGUCAGAAUUUUCCAUAAAUGUUAUUCCGCCAUCAAUCCUAUAAGAACUAAAGUACAAAUGCAGGACCUUCAAGUUUCUGUACUUUGGAGGAAAAUCUCAUGGCGCCUUUCCUCGUGAAAUGUAAAACAAAAACAGCUUAUGAAGAAGAGAGUUGUGACGAAGACGGACCGAAGGAAGACCAAAAGCCAGUAACUUCAAUCAUCUCAGCAUACCAGUUGCUUUCACCUUCCGUAAAGGUUCAACUAUUUGUUUACUUCAUGCUCAAAUAUGCGAUGGAGAUCCUGCUAGCUGAAAGCAGUGUCAUUACUACAUAUUACUUUGUGUGGCAAACAAGUGCAGUUGCAAUCUUUCUCGCCUGUCUCGGUCUGACGGUGCUUCCAGUUAACGUUAUAGUUGGGCACUACUUGAGCAACAAGUUUGAAGAAAGAAAGAUUCUUCUUGCAUCAGAGAUUAUGUUGUGCAUUGGCAUACUUCUCAGCUUCCACAUCAUUGUGCCUUAUUCUGUUCCUCAGUAUGUUGCAUCUGCUUUAAUCACUUUUGUAUCUGCGGAAGUGCUUGAGGGCGUGAAUUUAUCACUCCUGUCGAGGGUAAUGUCUUCAAGGCUGUCUAGAGGAACAUUUAAUGGAGGUUUAUUGUCGACAGAGGCUGGUACGCUUGCUCGAGUCAUAGCAGAUGGGACCAUAACGGUUUCAGGAUUUUUACCGGAGAGGUGGCUCUUGAAUGUCACUUUACUUCCUUCAUUACUUAUUUGCCUCUCUUCCAUUAUUGCAACCACCUUUACUUACAACUACCUUUACUAAAAACUAGCUAAUAAUUAAUAAAUCUACUAUUUUCAAAAAACAAAUUAUGCGCGCUAUGUAAACCAAAUCUCUCUCGAUUAUAUUAGUAGGUUGAUCUAUAAACCUUACUUGGCAAUUUAAAUGACCGGUACACGGUCAGAUAUUGGGGCAUGUACAGAAUACUUAUGAUUUAUUGACUAACCUAUGAAGUACCCACAAAAAAUGAAAUUAACAAUAUAAAAUAUAAUUAUAAAGUCGAAAACACAUUGUUGUAAUAGCACCAGCAUUGGCUACAGCUCCAUAGUUUCUAACAAAUAUAAUAAUGAUAUAUAGUUACAUUAUAAUUAAAUUUAAUCUAUAAAAAUUAGAUUAAAUAAUACAAUGACACUUGUCAUAAAAAGACUCUUAACGUUGUUGCCGAGUCUCUUUGCAGAAAUACGUACAUGACCAAUUCUCCAACUUUUCUCCUAUUUGUAUUUGCUUUAUUACUUUAUUCUACAGAGACUCAUUGAGGUACUAUCCACUAUGGAUGAACUAAUAUAAUAUUAGGGGUGAUUGGUUGGACUGUGACUCUAAAAAUUUAAAUGUAAGAGUUUAGUUGUAGGUAAAUUGGUUGUAGUUGUAAAGUUGUUACUGUAGAUUUUUUUCAUAGAUUUUUGAUGUAGUUAAAUUUGUUGUAGCUGUAAAUUAUAUGCUGUACAUAUUUUAAAAUAAAAUAUGUGAUGUAUAUAUAAAAUAAUUAUUUUUUAUCAAUUAAAUAAUGUAUAUUAAUAUUUUUUAUAUAUUCUCAAAGUUUAUUGUUAUUUAAAAUGUGAUAUAUAUAUUUUAUUUAAAAUAUUUCAAUAAUUUUUACAACACUCAAAAUUGAAUUAAAUAUUUAUAGAUGUUUUUAAUUAUGAUUAUCUAAUUUAUUUGAUUUUAUAGAUAGUUUUUUUAUUUCACAGAUCUACAGUCUAUAAAAGAGAGCUUUAGGUUUUACCUAAAAUACAUUAAAAAAGUUUUUGAUUUAGUUUUUUUGUUGUAGCUUUAAAAAUAAAGCCAAAGCAUGAUUGGUAAAAGUUUAUAGAAACUUGAUUUAGGUUUUAACUAUUAAAAAUAAAGCUACAACAUGUUUGGUAAAAUUUAGUGAUUUAAAAGUAAAUAAAGCUAAAGUAAAGAGAUAAAUCCCAACCAAUCACUCCCAAUGUUGGCUUUGGUGUUUUUCAAUUGUAUAAUGAAUCUAGUGAUAGAUACAAGAAAGACUAUGUACGAAGAUGAAGAAAGAUAGGAGAGUUUUUGUUAAGCAAAGGAAGGUAGCUGGCGUGGUAGAGAGUUAAAGUCAGCUAAAGGAAAAAUAGAAGCUUUGGUGUGGGAUGGAGACUUUGCAGUGAAGUGGGACUUCAGUGAAGAAACUCACGAGUGAAGAUAAAUAAGGAGUAGAGAUUCGUUUGUUAGGUUUAUGCUUUGAUGUUCUUAGUAUCAGACGUUACGAGUCUGUACUUGACGAUCACUAUGAGAUCGAUGGUUUAGAGUUGCAAUCGUCAUGAGAUUGUAAUUCGAGAUCAUACUUCAAAGUGUAAACGUUUACAUUGAUAAUCAAAGGUGUACAUGUUGUUCUUAAGAAUUACAGAUAACCAAAAUAUAUCAUGGGUGCGACAAAAAUCGAUCGGAAAUAAUCGCGAAACUGAAGAAAUGGUAAUCGGAAGUGAUUUAGAAAUAAUAUCGAGCUCGGAGAGGCAGAGAGAUCCGGCGUUAUAGAGGAUGCAAGACGAUCUGGAGUUUAUGCGAAUCGGUUGCGAUAAAAUUUCAAAAUCGUAGAAAGCAACGACUGAUCGUAUCGCUUCAUUGGAGAAACAAUUUGGAGUUAUCGGAGAGGAAUCAAACACUCGAUUAGGCGUUCUGGAGAGUCAGAUGUCAACGAUCAGUGAGACUUUAGCAAGAAUCAAAGCAAAUUCAUCGAUCGUCCAACGGCAUGGGAAAUAGAUUGCGGUGUCAUCACUGAAUCAACAGAAUCAGGUACCGAAUUCUUUACCGAAACCGGAUGAAUCUCAAUUACGGUUAGGUUAUCGGGGAAUCCAUAAUACAUUAGCUAAUCAAGAUUCGAUGUUAAAGAAAGUCGAUAUGCAUGUGUUUGCUGGUCCGUUGCCGUUUGAGUGGAUUUCGAGAGUUGAAAGAUUCUUCAGAAUUGGCAACUACAGUGAAGAGGAGAAACCACAUCUAGUAUUAUUGAGUUUAGAAGGGCUGGUAUUGAACUGGUUCAAUGGAGAGUUGUUGAGUGAUCCAUUUCAGAGCUGGCAACAGCUUAUAGCGAGGAUGCUUCACAGAUUUUCUGGUCCCAUUGAUAAUGAUCCAGCAGCGAGAGUAUUAUGUUUGCAACUAGUGGGAGAGAUUACAGAUUACAUGAAUGAGUUUGAAGCUUUACAGAAUCAAGUGACAGGAAUUGAUGAAGCAAAUUUGAUCAAGGUGUUCUACAAUGGUUUAAAAUCUGAAAUGAAAGAAGUCAUUCGUAUGAAGGAACCGGUUAGACUGACUAAUCACAAGCUUGCGGUAUUGAAGAUGUAGAGAAGAGGUUCAAAUGGAGAGGUUCAAAGAGGAAUACAGCAUUAUGGUUCAACAUUUAAGACGACUAAGUUGCUAACAGACAAACCAGUGAGUGGAUCGUUGGGUAACAAAGAGAAUGUGGGACAGCAAGGACAAACUAUAAGACCAAGACAACAGUUUUCAGAUGCGGAGUUGGACAAGAUGAAAAGAGAUAAGGUGUGCUUUCGCUUUAAAGCGACGUGGUCAGUUACACAGAAGUUUGAAUGUCCAAAUAAAACAUUACGAGUGUUAACUCUUAUUAAGUUGUUGACUCAGCGGAAGAAAAGAAUCACAAGACUAUCAACCGGAGAACCAAACCUUACACACUCUAUCCCGCAAUUCAUAUAUGGGAAUUGAGACCAAAAACAACGAAGAUACGAGGGAUUAGCCAAAACAAGGAGGUGACUGUCAUGCUUGAUAGCAGAGCAUCUCACAGUUUCAUAUCACCUGAAAUUGUGAACAAGCUACAUUUGAAAGUUUGUAGAGCAAGUAGCUUGGAGGUGUUGUUUGGAAAUGGAGUAACUAUGAAAGCUUAUGGAGUUUGCUGAGCUGUUGCUUUCCAAUUAAGUCAAACAGACUUCACCUCAGACUUCAUCUUCUUAGAGCUGAGAAACAUGGAUGUUAUACUUGGAAUUCAGUGGAUUGAGACUUUAGGUAAAUGCGAAGUGGACUGGAAGGAACAGAUCAUGUCAUUUAUCUAUAUUGGAAACAAGGUUCCAUUGUAUGGGGACAUAACCCUACAUUGUACCAAGUUCUCCUUCAAGUCACUGUCUCCAGUCUAUACAAGGAGUAAACCAAGAAGGGAAGGACUGCUUACAAAACUCUUGACUAUAUUGGAAGAAUUUUCAGAUGGUUUUGCUAUACCCACUACCUUAUCACCAAUGCAAGGAAAGAACAUGAUAUUUCCUUACUCCCAAGAAUAUCAGUGGUGUCAGUACAGGCAUACAGAUAUCCACAUGCUAGUAAGACUAUUAUAGAACAAAUGUUUAAUGAGAUGUUGGCAUCGGGCAUUAUUCGACCGAGUAAAAGUUCAUUUUCCAGUCCAGUCUUAUUAGUAAAGAAGAAGGAAGAUUCUUUUCGAUUCUGUGUAGCCUAUAGAGCCCGCUAUAAUACCUGACAAAUGUCUGAUUCCGGUUAUUGAUCAGUUAUUAGAUGAACUACAUGUUCGGGUAUGUUUUCGAAGUUAGACUUGAGAUCUGGAUAUCAUCAGAUAAGAAUGGUCGAAGCGGACAUACCCAAGACUGCUUUUAGAACGGUGGAAGAUCACUAUGAAUUUUUAGUAAUGCCUUUCGGGCUUACUAAUGCACCUGCAACGUUUCAGUGUUUGAUGAACAAGAUUUUGAAGCCAUUCUUGCAAUGUUUUGUGUUAGUAUUUUUUGACGAUAUCUUGGUCUAUAGCAGAAAUGAAGAGGAUCACUUUGAACAUUUGGGUGCAGUGUUAAGAAUAUUGAGAAAACAUAAGUUGUUUGCUAAUAAAAAAGUGUACGUUUGGAGUGGAAAGAGUGGAGUAUUUGGGACAUAUGAUUUCAUAUCAGUGAGUAGCUAUAGAUUCAUCUAAGAUUGAAGCAAUGCGAAUGUGGCCAUUACCUAAGAACUGUAAACAACUAAGAGGGUUUUUGGGUUUAACAGGAUAUUCUAGGAGGUUCAUUUGUAACUAUGGGAUUAUUGCACGGCCACUAACGACACUGUUAAAGAAACAUCAAUUUGUAUGGGGUGUGGAGUCUCAAAGAACUUUUGAAGAAUCGAAGAAUGCUAUGAUGCAUGCACCAGUGUUGGCAUUGCCAGACUUUCAGCAAGUGUUUGUAGUUAAGUCAGAUGCAUCAGGAUUUGGUCUCGGGGUAGUCUUAAUGCAGAAUAAGAAACUGAUUGCAUACUUGAGUCGCACCUUGACCACAAGAUAACAGAUGAAACCGGCGUAUGAGAAAGAGCUGAUGGCAAUUGUGUUGGCCAUUCGAAAAUGGAAACAUUACUCAAUGGGUCGCUGUUUUGAUGUGCAUACUGAUCAAAGAAGCUUAAAAUACUUGUUGGAGCUAAAAGAAGUUAACUUAGAGUAUCAGAAGUGGUUGACAAAGUUGCUUGGCUUCGAUUUUGAAUUUUUUUACAAACCAGGUUGUGAGAAUAAGGCUGCAGACGGUUUGUCAAGAAGUAUGUCAAUAUCAUCUCUAUUAUUGGCAUUGACAGUUCCAGCGGUGUUGUAGUGGGAUGACUUAUAUAAAGAGAUUAUGGAGGAUAGACACAUUCAGUCUAUUAUGCGGCAGUUGCGUGAAGGUACAUUGGUCUCACAAAAUACCGGACGGUAGAUGAGAAGUUAUGGUCCAAGCAACCGUUGGUGAUUCUUAAGAAUUUGAAGUUUAUAUCAUCGAUAUUGAGUGAAGCGCAUGACAGCAAGGCGGGAGGUCAUUCAGGAGUUUUAAAGACACUUAAAAGGCGGGAGGUCAUUCAGGAGUUUUGGAGGGGAUGUACAAGAUGAUUCAUGAUUUUGUGGCUAGUUGUGUGAUAUGUCAAACACACAAACAUUCGACUUUGUCAUCGGUGGGGCUACUUCAGCCUUUACCAAUUCCAAAUCAAGGGUGGGAUGAUAUUAAUAUGGACUUCAUAGAGAGAUUGCCAACAUUGAAUGCAAUCAAUGUCAUAUUAGUGGUCAUCGAUAGAUUGAGUAAAUUUGCUCAUGUUAUUGGCCUUAAACAUCCUUUCACAUCUGUUAAUGUUGCUAAGAGCUUCGUGCAGGAGAUAGUUAAGCUACAUUGGUAUCCUCAGAGUUUCGUUUAUGAUCGAGACCGUAUUUUCAUAAGUACAUUUUGGACUGAGGUGCUUCAUCUGGCUGGGACUCAGUUGAAAUAUAGCACAUCAUUUCACCCUUAGAUGGAUGGUCAAUCGGAGAUUCUGAAUCGUUGUCUAGAAACGUAUUUGAGGUGUUUUUCAUCUUUACAUCCACGCACUUGGAGCAAGUAUUUGGUGUGGGCUGAACUGUGGUAUAAUACGACCUACCAUAAAUCAUUACAGAUGACUCCUUUUUUGGUUGUUUAUUGCAGGGAUCCUCCUCCAUUACAUCGUUUUGAGGCAGGUUAUACUACUAACUUCGAGCUGCAAAAUUCGUUACAAGAAAGAAAUAUGAUGCUUGUUCAGCUGAAACAUAAUCUCAGCCGUGCUCAAGAUAUCAUGAAGAAUCAGGCUGAUAAGUCUCGAGGUGAUGUUGAAUUGGAGGUGGGCUCAAUGGUUUAUCUGAAACUAAGACUUUAUCGUCAGAAGUCUGUGGAGAAGCAUUUAUUUCAGAAGUUGGCAGCCAAGGUUUUUGGACCAUAUAAAGUGUUGGAGAAUAUUGAAAAAUCGGCUUAUAGGUUAGAGCUUCCUCCUGAGCCGCAUAUCCAUCAUGUGUUUCACAUUUCGCAAAUUAAGCAAGCUUUGGGUCAUCAUGAUCAAUGUAUUGAGUUACCUCCGGUGUGUUUAGGAGAUGCAUUAUUGGAUUUUGAACCAGAAGAAGUGUUGGAUAAGUGCUACUCAGCGAUUGUGGAUUUAGAAUUGUUGGUGAAGUGGACUCAGAACGAUGAGUUGGAGACUUCUUGGUUGUUAUAUCGCGAGUUUGUGGAAUGAUUUCCUUAUUACAAGCUUGAGGACAAGCUGGAUUUCCUUGGGGGAGUAUUGAUAGAUACAAGAAAGGCUAUGUAUGGAAGAUGAAGAAAGAUAAGGGAGUUCUUAUCAAGCAAGAAGAGGUAGCUGACGUGGCAUAGAGUUAAAGUCAGCUAAAAGAAUAAUAGAAGCUUCGGUGUGGGAUGGAGGCUUUGCAGUUAAGUGGGAAUUCAGCUGAAGAAGCUCACGAGUGAAGAUAAAUAAAGAGUAUAGAUUCAUUUUUUAGUUUUAUGCGUUGAUGUUCUUAGUAUUUGACGCUAUGAGUCCGUACUUGACGAUUGUUAUGAGAUCAAUGGUUUAGAGUUGCAAUUGUCAUGAGAUUGUAAUUCGAGAUCAUAAUUCAAUGUCUAAACGUUUACAUUGAUAAUCAAAGGAGUACUUGUUGUUCUUAAGAGUUACAGAUAACCAAAAUCUAUCAUCUUGCCACAUAAUUAAAAUUUUAAUUUCUUGUCUUUUAGGUUUCUAUCUGGAUUCAAACGAUAGAUUUAGCCUUUUGGGUCUUUGGGAUUGAUUGAAAUCACGUUUUCCUAGUUUCUAUGUAACUGUUAUCACUUUAAUAUCAGCUGAUUUGAUACUAAUGUUGUAUAGUUAAGUUUUGGGUACCAUCCCAUCACAUUAGAAAAUUAACGAAACUAGGAUUUAAUAUUAUAGUGUUUAUGGAUCAGCCCAUUAAAACCACUAACCCUGAUAUGCACACCAGCUUUACAGGUAUGGUUUCUAUCGACAACUAUGUCUAGUCCUGACAAUUUUCAGCUACUAAGCAUUUAUGCCUAUUUGGAUUAUCUAAUUUGGAGAAAGAACAAAUUGAAGACUCAGACUUAGACAGAGAUCAUUACCCUUUGAUAAUCUGGUAUAUCUGUAAGGCUCGAAAUGAUAAAGUAUUUAAGGGAUAAAUAGAGACCCUUUGAAACUUGUCAUGUAUGCAGAAGGUCAAUGUCAAGCUUGGUUCAAUGCAAAUGAGACAGUACCCUCAUCUCCAUAGGAACAUUUCAUCGAGGAACCACAAGUCUUAACCUUGGGUAGUUUUUGUAUGGUGGAUGGUUCAUGGACCUCUUAAUCUCAGUAUCGUAGAUGCGGAUGAGCUUGGAUGGAUAGGAUGGGUAAAAUUCAACUCAUGGGGACGCGAAACUUAAAAAGACGAGAAGCUGCUUUGCAUACAUAAUUAGAGGCACUAAAAUGUCUAUGGAAAGCAUACUCCAACAUUCAAUGUGUCAAAACUUUGGAAUUACAAAGACCUGAUUGUAAUGAUAAAGGAACCCUAAGCUUGGCCAAGUUUUGUAACAGAAUUAGAGGCGAUACAGACUCUCCAAAUCUGUUUUCUAAACUUCAAUAUUUCUCACAUUCCAAGAGUAAAAUAUGGAACUGCUGAUUCUUUAGUUAGGUCUGCACAAUCAAAAGUCAUCUCUCGGUAUAACAGAUUUUGUACAUUUGCACAGGAUCACACUUUUUUUUUUUUACAUUUCUUUUAUACAUAGGCAUCCUAAAAUUUUGAUUUUUUUGCAAGAAAAUGUCCUAAAUUUUUUAUUCGUGCAAGAAAAGGCACUAAAUUUUUUGAUUAUGCCGUGGGUUUAAAUAUGUUUCGAGCCGGGGCCUGAUGAUACAAUUUUACUUUCCUCAUCUGUAAUAUUCUGUAGACCAUCGAUUAAUGCCCUUGCAAUCAUCGGAUAUGAUUGGUUUACAUACCUAAACGUUGCCGUAAAUGCCGCAGGGUUCUUUCCCU